AUGGAAGGUCCCAGUAAUAAAAAGUGGAUGUAUUGUGAUAGAGUUAGUAAAGAAUACUUGGAUGGAGUAAAUGACUUUUUAAAUCAUGCCUUUUCUCAAAAACAAAAUGGAGACAAAAUUGCAUGUCCCUGUACAGAAUGUGUGCUUUUCCAUCAAGUAAAUCGGGCCACAGCAUAUGACCAUCUUGUGGUUAAUGGCAUUUUGUCAUCUUAUGAUACAUGGUUUUGUCACAGGGAGUCUUUAAAAAAAUCAAACAAUACUCAAGUAACUAAUUGUAGCCAGUCAACUAUAAGGGGCGAUGAUGUGACCGGAAUUAUACAUGAUGCCUUUGGAGGAUGUACACAACUUAUGGAUAGUGAUGUCAAUGAAAGGAGCGAGGUGGAGCCAAACCUAACAGAAAAUAGUGCUUGUACAUCUGGAAAUCAAACUCAUCAAGAGAUGGAUAAGUUUGAACAACUCAUGAAGGAGGCAAAUGAAGAACUUUAUCCUGGAUGUAAGAAGUUUAGCAAAUUGUCCUUUUUGCUACAUAUCUAUCGUACUAAAUGCAUGUUCAAAUGGUCAAAUGAAUCUUUUGAUUCUUUGCUUGGACUAUUAAAGGAUGUGCUGCCAGAAGGGGAAAAAUUACCUCCUUCUUUCUAUGAGACCAAAAAGAUAGUCGAAGGUUUGGGCUUAAAGUAUGAAAAAAUUCAUGCUUGUCCCAAUGAUUGCAUGCUUUUCAGAAAAGAGUUUGCCAGUAAGGAUGUCAAUGAAUGCAAAAUUUGUGGAGCUUCUAGAUGGAAAAAUAAUGCAAAGAAAAUUCCAGCCAAGGUCCUAAGGUAUUUUCCUUUAAAACCAAGACUACAAAGAUUAUUUAUGUCUUCAAAAACUUCAAAAGAAAUGCGAUGGCAUCAUGAAGAGCGCAACAAAGACGGUGUUCUACGACAUCCUGCUGAUUCUGAAGCUUGGAAAAGUUUCGAUAACAAGUAUUCUGAAUUUGCUGGAGAUCCUCGUAAUGUCCGUUUGGGAUUAGCUUCUGAUGGGUUUAAUCCAUUUGGCACAAUGCAAACUGUUCAUAAAGAGUUAAAUGAAUUGUGGAGUGUUGGAGUAGAAACAUAUGAUGUUUCUACAAAGGAGACAUUUCAAAUGAGAGCAGCUCUUAUGUGGACUAUAAAUGAUUUUCCAGUGUAUGGUACUCUUUCUGGAUGGAGCACUUUUGGUCGAUUUGCAUGCCCUUCAUCCAAUAUAAACACUCACUUUAAAAGGCUCAACCAUGGAAGGAAAUUUUGUUUCAUGGGACAUCGACGUUUCUUGAAGUCUGGCCACGGAUAUCGAAAUGAUGCAAAAUCAUUUGAUGGUACUAAAGAAACAAGACCUGCACCUUGUGCCAUAUCUGGGUCACAAGUGUUGGAUCAAGUUAAAGAUAUAAAAUUUACUCUAGGACAAUCAAGUGAAGAGGUAAGUGGGGUGCUGAAAAAUACAUGGAAAAAGAAGAGCAUAUUUUUCGAUCUUCCUUAUUGGGAGUAUAACUUGGUGCGCCAUAAUCUUGAUGUAAUGCACAUAGAAAAAAAUGCUUGUGAUAACAUAAUUUAUACACUACUGGGUCUUGGUAAAAAGUCAAAAGACAAUAUAGAAGCACGAUUGGACUUAAAGGAGAUGAAAAUAAGACCAAGCUUAUGGCCUCAGUAUCGAGCUAGUGGGAGGGCAUAUCUUCCUCCUACUUAUUUCACAAUGUCUUCUAAAGAAAAAGAGAUGUUUUAUGAAUUACUACAAAAUGCCAAGUUUCCACAUGGCUAUGCGUCUAAUAUCUCACGUUGCAUUCGCAAACAAAAGAUAUCUGGGUUAAAAACUCAUGAUUGCCAUGUUAUAAUGCAAGAACUUCUUCCUCUUGCCUUGCGGAAAUCUACAGAUAAAAGAGUCAAAUCUGUUUUAAUUGAACUAUGCACAUUCUUUCGUGUUUUGUGUAGCAAAGUAUUGAAGGUAGAAGAGUUAAAAUUACUUGAAGAAAAAAUUCCAGAAACAUUGUCUACUAUGGAGAAAAUCUUCCCCCCAGGAUUCUUUACUAUUAUGGUACACUUAGUUACUCACUUGGCAACUGAGGCUAAACUUGCAGGUCUAGUACAAUAUCGCUGGAUGUAUCCAAUUGAGAGAUACUUGGGUACUUUAAAAUCAUAUGUCCGUAAUCGUGCAUGUCCAGAAGGUUCAAUAGCAGAAGCAUACAUAGCAAAUGAAUGUUUGGCAUUUUGCUCACGAUAUUUAGAGGGUGGAGAUUCAAGAUCUUAUUAUUCACGAAAAUGUGAUGAUGAGAUUGAGCAUGAGACUAGUAAAGAAGAAUGUCUUUUUCCUUCUACCGGAGAGUCAUAUGGUGCAGUAGAUGUAUAUGAAAUGGAUGAGAAAACACUAUUGCAAGCACAUCAGCAUGUGCUUUUCAAUUGCGAGUCAGAGGUGGUAGAGAAUUAUAAAAAAGAACAUAUUGCUGAAAUAAAGAGAUCACAUUGCAAGCGUCGUUUGACACAACAUCAACUUGACUGUAUGCAUUUCGAUACAUUUAGUGAGUGGUUCAAAGACAAAGUGAAAGAGUUAGAAGUCACAUCUGACAUCUUAAAGAAUGUUAUAGUUCUUGCAAGAGGGCCGAGUUACAUUGCAAAAAGAUUCAAUGCCUAUGAUGUAAAUAAUGGAUAUCGAUUUAGAACAAAACAAAGUGAAGAGCACCUAGACACACAAAAUAGUGGUGUUAUGGUCGUUUCAAAGACUGAAAAUUAUGCAAGUUCAUGUGACAAUGCUCCGAAGUCUUCAAAUAUCACAUAUUAUGGUAGAUUGAAUGAAAUUGUGGAGUUAAACUACUAUGAAGAAUUUAAGGUUAUCUUAUUUAAGUGUGAUUGGGUUGAUGUAACCAAAGGUAGAGGAAUUAUGGAAGAUGACUUGGGUUUCACAGUUGUGAAUUUUUCACGCCUGGCUGAUUCUGGCGAUCAAGAACGUCAUGAGCCCUUUAUAUUUGCAGAACAAGCUCAACAAGUAAUAUUUGUGCAAGAUCCUCAAGAUCGUGAAUGGUUUUUUCCUAGGUUAAUUAAACCUCGAGACGUUUUUGAUAUGGGAGAGGAAAAUAGUGUGCAGUUUGAGUCAUCAAUGCAAAGUGAUUCCACUGACUUGGCUAUCUUAGAAAAUUCUCACAUUCUUGAGUAUGAAAAUAAUGAUUGGGUAAGAAGUGGAGUCGAUGGAAUAGUAAUUGAUACAGAAGUUCAUACUCAAGCUUCUCUAAAUGAUGGUGAAGCUAAUCCCGAGGGAGAAAAUGAUAUUGAAAAUAAAAGUGAUCCAGAAUGA